AUGGCAAUUAGCCCGAGGGCGAUCCGCGGUAUUGAACAACGCCCUGAUGUAGCUUUCUUUACCAGCUCAUUUCCCUUCCAAUACAACUUAGAUGAAGGUAAGAGUAGAAUUGGUGACUGUUCCAGGCCUCAAGAAUUCUUUAUUUUUCGCGGGGCUGUGUCCGAAUCCGUCGUACAGUCGUUAUAUGAAGAAGCACUCUUCGCUUGGCCACCCGCGGAUUACGCAAAGUCUAAUCUUCCUAACCCCAUAUCUGAUGCAAAGACCUGGCUAAGGGGUUUCGUCGAGCCAUGGAAGUAUAGAUUCCUGGACCAACUCCGAUGGGUGACUCUUGGGUAUCAUUAUGAUUGGGCCAAGAAAGUGUACCCUGAUAACUGCUGCGGUAGUUUUCCUACAAAACUUGCAGUCUUUUACAAAUCCGUGGCAUUGACCGUGGCUGAAGAGAUCAGGCACGAAGAUGGUCUUUUGACUCACCCUUCUUGCUACACUACAUUCACUCCUGAAGCCUCUAUUGUUAAUUAUUACCGGAAAAAGACUACGAUGGGAUUUCAUAUUGAUGAUACUGAAGUUUCAAAGCUCGCUCCUUUGAUUUCUGUCAGUUUAGGUAGACCAGCAAUUUAUCUUUUGGAGGCCUCAGGGUAUAUUCCGGGAUCUCUCCCCCAUGGCAAUUCUGAGGAAGUAACAAGAACAAUCAUCCCGAUUCUCCUUCGACACGGUGAUAUUAUGGUUAGCGGUGGUCAUAGUCGGCUAGCCUUUCACGCGGUCCCUCGUCUACUGUCAUGGGAGCGCGCAUCACUUGACUUGCCGACUAGUUUUUUCCCGAACCUUUUGUCCAAGUUUCUGGAAAUGCUUGGAGAUGCCUGCGAGCCUUCAAGUCUUCGUGAUAAUCUUGAAAGCUACAUUUAUUCGACACGUCUUAAUAUGAAUGUUAGGCAAGUUAAUGAACACAGUGUAGUGCAGUAA